UCUGGAGUUGGAGAGACAAAUAUAUUUGGAAGAGGUCUAGAGUCAUUAUUUACUGAUCUUUUUAUCACAAAAUAAAUAAAUAAAUAAAUAAAAUGGUAGAAGAAGAUGAAGAAACCUCUGAGUAUUUAUAAGUCAUGAACUUUGCUGCUUAGGAUUGGAGAUAUACCUUAUUCUCUGUAUCGCUCUCUUUCUUUUAAUUUGGCAAGCUAUAUUUAUGUGAGAUCUAUAAGAACGCCGUUUUCAACCAAAAAAAAGAAAAAGGGACUUUGCUGCCAAGUAGUGAACAGCAAACCCUCAACCAGUUUGGAGGUCUCCUUUGUCAAACUUUUUUUGCUUGGGGCUUUUCCCAUCCAAGCUGGUGAGAAGCAUUAAAUAAUGAACUGCCUCCUUUUUAUAGCUCUUCAUAUAGCCGAAGCAUUGGUCAUCCUUCUCCCCGUACUCCCAUCUCACCCUCCACUCUCUCUCUCUCUCUCUCUCUCUCUCUCUCUCUCUCUCUCUCUCUCUCUCGUAGAGCUGAGCUGAUGAUGGCCGACGUCGAAAUGAAUCGCAGCGGCGAAGCGCCGGGCUUCAAGCUCUUCGGAACGGUGAUCAUAACGGAAGACAGACGGCCAAAGGAGGAGGAAGCGGAGAGGCCGGCGGCGGUGGCGGCAGCGGAGGUGGAGGCGGAGGCGGCGACGAGGGGAGCGGCGCUGCCGUGCCCGAGGUGCAAAAGCAAGGAGACCAAGUUCUGCUACUUCAACAACUACAACGUGAAUCAGCCCCGCCACUUCUGCAAGGCCUGCCACCGCUAUUGGACCGCCGGCGGCACCCUCCGCAACGUCCCCGUCGGCGCCGGACGCCGGAAGAACCGCCCCGCCCCCCGCGGAGGCAACGCUGCCGCCGCCGCCGCCUGCGUCCUCGAGUACCCCUCCUCUCUUUACAUGGAUGGCGGGGAGGUCCAGCGGUGGCUCCUGCGGCCUGAGCCGCCGGCGGCGAGGCCGAGGACUGAUGCCAGCUUCAGACGUGGACUUCGUUGACCUUUCCAUCUGCCUUGCCGUGUUACCUUCUUUCUUCACUUUCUCCUCCUCCUUUUCUUUUUUUUUUUAAUUUUCCAUUUUAUGUCCAUCACUUUUUUGUAUGUAAAAUGUGUACAUCCCGAGUCUAGUGAUCACCUAAAGUUAUGUGGUGGCAUCUAGAAGUAUAUGGUUUUUCCUUGUCGUUUCUUAGAAGCGUGCCGAUUCCGUGAAGAUUAGCCAUCUUCUGAAGAAGACAAUGUAGUGCAAGUAUUGACAAGUGGAUUAGCUUUCUCCUCAUUCACAUCACGGAUGUGAAGUCAAAGAAACAGUUCUCUUGACGCUAAAGGAGUGUUUUCAAGGAUAGAAAUGUUAAUCCUUCUGCUACAAGGUCCUACUGCUAGCUUUUUUUUCUUCCCUAAUAAUCAGUGAGGAAGUUGUUUAGUCCAUCAUACUUACGUGCAAAGUAUGCAAGUCAAUGAGAUCAGACACGUCUGUUCUAGCUUCUUCUUUUUUUGCCCUUUUCGUUGAACAUUUCUGCUCUUAACUUUUCUAAACAGACAUGGACAGCUAUGAUGGACUGGAGACACCCACAAAAGUCCUCAUCUUGGAAAAGAGAAGGAGAAAAUGCCUGAGGGGAGAUCGUAGUACAGAUAUGACAACCAACCCAACCUUUGGCAUUGCAUGGUGGUGUAGUCAUUGGUGUAGGCUAUUGUCUGUAUUGGCUCUUGAUACUUCAAUAUUUCAAGACUACUUCCCAACACCUGUUAUGUCAGGAUGCAUUAAAAAUAAAAAUUUACCCCAUGCAAACAUCAAACUUACCAAACAGAAUAGUGAUCGUAAUUGCGCAGCUUAAAUUGGACUGAAUGAUAAACAAACUACUGAUUGUUUCCAGGUAAGUUAAUAAAUGGCGAAAAGAAGUCAGAGAAACACCCUUUUUCUCUCGCACUGUAACAAUAAAAGUUCAAACCUUGCAAUGAAGAAGCUCUUUUGUUGCAACACUUGCAAUCUCAUGAAUAAAUAUAUAGCCACCUACCACCCACCUCCCCAUACACAUAAAUAAACACACAGUAGCUAACAGAACACAAAGUUAAAAACAAAUCUAGACAUCCAUUUAUCCUUACCCAUGACCUGCACAAACCCCAGCUGAUUGUAAUGACGUGUUAUACAUGAUACAGUUUGCAGCUUUGCGAUACUCAGUUUGAGAUAAUGUCAUGAGAUACGAGAGGAAGCAGAUACACCUUAUGGUAGCACAAAA